AGCGGCCGAGCGCGACCGGGACACCGGGACACGCGGGGACAGCGGCAGCUCCGCCACACCGCCCUGCCCUUCCACCCAACCAUCCAACAAUCCAUCCCGCCAUCCCGCCCGGCCAUGGUGAACCUGCGGGUGUGCGCGCUGGAGUGCGAGGCGCUGCGGGCGCUGCUGCAGGAGCGCGGCGCGCAGUGCCUCGUCCUCGACUGCCGCUCCUUCUUCUCCUUCAACGCCGCGCACAUCCGCGGCUCCUGCAACGUCCGCCUGAGCACCAUCGUGCGGCGCCGCGCCAAGGGCGCCCUGGCUCUGGAGCACGUCCUGCCCAACGAGGAGCUCCGCGGCCGCCUGCGCCAGGGGCUCUUCCACACCGUGGUGCUGCUGGACGAGCGCAGCGCCGACCUGGAAAUGCCCAAGCGCGACAGCACCAUGCUGCUGGCGCUCGGCACCCUCUGCAGGGAGGCCCGCGGCGCCCGCAUCUGCUUCCUCAAGGGUGAGUGGCGCCGCGGGCGCCGGAGGGGCCGGGCGGGCCGGGCCGGGCGGCCCCGCCGUGCCCCCGAACGUGCGGCGCUCACCCCGCGCCCCUCUCCCCGCUCUGCCCCCGCAGGAGGCUACGAAGCGUUCGCGUCCGCCUGCUCCGAGCUGUGCACCAAGCCCGCCGCCCCCGCCGGGCUCAGCCUGCCCCUGAGCGCCAGCCCCGCGCCCGGCAGCGCCGACUCGGGCUGCAGCUCCUGCGGGACCCCGCUCUACGACCAGGGCGGGCCCGUGGAAAUCCUGCCGUUCCUGUACUUGGGGAGCGCCUAUCACGCCUCCCGCAAGGACAUGCUGGACGCUUUGGGCAUCACGGCGCUGAUCAAUGUCUCGGCCAACUGCCCCAACCACUUCGAGGGGCACUACCAGUAUAAAAGUAUCCCCGUGGAGGACAACCACAAGGCGGAUAUCAGCUCCUGGUUCAACGAGGCGAUCGAUUUCAUCGACUCGGUGAAGAGCGAGGGAGGAAGGGUCUUUGUGCACUGCCAGGCUGGCAUUUCCCGCUCAGCCACCAUCUGCCUUGCUUAUCUCAUGAGGACCAACAGAGUCAAACUGGACGAAGCCUUCGAGUUUGUCAAGCAGAGGAGAAGCAUCAUCUCCCCGAAUUUCAGCUUCAUGGGGCAGCUGCUGCAGUUCGAGUCGCAGGUGCUGGCCCCCAACUGCUCAGCAGAGGCCGGGAGCCCUGCCAUGUCAGUGCUGGACAGAGGGGCCUCCACCACCACCGUCUUCAACUUCCCCGUCUCCAUCCCGGUCCACACCACGUCCAGUGCUCUAAACUACCUUCAGAGCCCCAUCACUACUUCCCCGAGCUGCUGAAGAAGCAGCUGAAGAACGUGGCCAGGACUCAGACUUGCUGUCUCAAGUGCAAUAAGGACAGGGACAGUGUCACUCGUGUUUUGUGGGGAGCUCUUGGUGCACCCCAGAACGGUGUCCAUGGAGAGGAGCUCGCCCAGUGCCAGAGAAACCAGGUGUUUCUGACUUCUCAACAAAUGUCUGGAUGUCUGCACAGAGAUCAAAGGACCGUGGCUCUUCCUGAGCUGUCCCUCCUUGUCUUCUGUCUGUCCCAAGCCUGCUCCAUGUUUAGUAGCAUGCUCACCAGUAUUCCCAUUCCUGGACACUUUGAGCAACACUGAUGCUGUCCCCUUUUAUAUGACAGUCCUAUUUAUUUAUUUUUACAUUAGUGCAUUGUUGUUGGGUUUUUUUGUUCUUUUUUUUUUUUUUUUUUGCCUUCACAAACGUAAAGUUUCAGUUCUAGAGAAACCAAAUACCUCAGUAUUUUUUGGUACAAUAAUCCUGUGUGUGUAUAUCUGUCAGCUCUUCUUGUUUCCCAAGCACUGACAUGAAAGCACCAGGCGAGUGCUUUUUUUUUGAGUUGCCAAGGGUUGUAUGUUUGCUGAUUUAUUUAUGAUGUGAAAUAAUAUAUUUCUUCUUAUGAAGACAUAGUUUUGUUACAUGAUUAUAACUUUUUUUAUACCAAACGGAAUAAAUUAUGAUAUUUCUAUUCA